AGAAGCAACCCGUUUAUAUACAAUCACCCAAUUAAAUAUCCAAAGGAAACCGGGUUAAUAGAGAUAAUUAAAGUUUUUUUGUUUUGUUUUUUUGUUCUGUUUUUUUUUGUCUUUUAUUUGUCUGCCAAUCUACUGUUCCACGCCUCCAGUCCGGUAGGUGGCGGUAAUGCACCUGCAAGCUGGUUACCAACCGCCAGUCAAAAUAAAAGAAGAAGAAGAAGCCUGAUCAUGCGAACAUUUUCAGAAUGGGCACCCAAGUGAAAGAUGUCAUCAUUAAGCCUGACGCUCCCAACACACUGCUGCUGGACAAACAUGCAGACUACAUCGCUGCCUAUGGCUCCAAAAAGGAUGACUAUGAGUACACGCUGUCAGAGUACCUGAGGAUGAGCGGCAUCUACUGGGGGCUCACGGUGAUGGACCUGAUGGGGCAGCUGCCCCGGAUGAACCGGCAGGAGAUCGUAGACUUCAUCAAAGCCUGUCAGCACGAGUGUGGAGGCAUCAGCGCCAGCAUUGGACACGACCCCCACCUGCUCUACACCCUCAGCGCCGUCCAGAUCCUGUGCUUGUAUGACAAUGUGGACGCGAUUGAUGUGGACAAAGUGGUGGAAUACAUCAAAGGGCUGCAGCAGGAAGACGGCUCCUUUGCAGGGGACAAAUGGGGAGAAAUAGACACAAGAUUUUCCUUCUGUGCUGUUGCUACACUUGCAUUACUGGGCAAGAUGGACACAAUAAAUGUGGACAAAGCUGUGGAGUUUGUCUUGUCCUGUAUGAAUUUUGACGGAGGUUUUGGCUGCAGACCUGGUUCAGAGUCUCAUGCUGGUCAGAUUUACUGCUGCACUGGCUUCCUGUCGCUCACCGGUCAGCUGUACCAGGUGAACGCUGACCUGCUGGGCUGGUGGCUCUGCGAGAGGCAGCUGCCGUCCGGAGGCCUCAACGGACGACCGGAGAAGCUUCCAGAUGUGUGCUACUCGUGGUGGGUUUUGGCAUCACUGAAAAUCAUCGGCAGAAUCCACUGGAUCGACAAGGCCAAGCUGCGAACGUUUAUUCUGGCCUGUCAAGACGAGGAGACCGGAGGUUUUGCUGAUAGACCAGGAGACAUGGUGGAUCCUUUCCACACUCUGUUCGGAGUUGCAGGUCUCUCCCUUCUCGGAGAUGAACUGAUCAAGCCGGUGAAUCCUGUUCUGUGCAUGCCUGAGGAUGUCCUGCAGAGGGUCGACCUGCAGCCCGACCUCCUCAGCUAGCCCUCUGACACCCAUCAUCCCACCACACACACUCGCACACUGCUGCCCUGCUGAACGCCCCCUAGCCGCACCCCAACUACCACGUUUGGAUGUUGGGAGCAGAGAGAGGACCACCACACAUCUUAGUGUUAGCUGACAGACACAUUUUAGAUGCAGGUUUGAGUCUCCGCUCACUACGGACAAAUAGAUUCACGCAGUUCUUACUUGAUUCCUCUGAGCCUUUCUGUCUUUAAAGCCUCAACCACUUAUGUUAUCAAGUCACUUUUGUUGGUUUUACUGCAGGAGAACAGUUUGGGGAAGAGAUGUUUUAAAGUGUAACCGUGGGUGCUAAAGCCCAGAAAUCAUUAAACAACAUUCUUUUGACUUACUCACUAUAUGUCAGUUUGUCUGAGGGAAAACAUGCAACUGUCAGCACAGGAAACUGUUGUGGAAAUCAGUUUCUUAUCUCUUUCUUGCUCUCAUCACCUUUUUAACUUGUCAAUCAGCCAAGGAAGUUAUUCCUGUAAUUAAUUAUUAGCCAGAGGACAGAGGCAGUGAUUGGCUCUGCUUUUUCAUGGGCGUUACCGGAAUGACGAAGGAAUAUACUGUUUAACUUGACAGAUUUGUGCAUUUGAGCUUGAAACAACGUUUAUGUGUGAAACAGACAUGCAUGAUCGAGUUUGCUCUUUGAUUUCACUGUGUUUUGGGGCUUAAGACACUUGACUUGUUUAAAGAUGCCACAUCUGUUUGUUUUUCUCAUUUUGUUGGAGGGUACCUACAUUUUUCAUGCGUCUAAUAUUUAAAAUACAAUAACUUCUGUAUUUGAAAAGUAAGAGCAUGUGAAGGGCAAACUAUCCUCGUCCUGUUUACACUCGAGCAAUCAUACUACCACCGUGCUAAUAGGCCUCACAACUGCAGAUGCAACACAGGACUCGUUGCAUCAAAGCAAGUUUUAUUUAUGUCACUGCAUUAAAAUAAUGUCAGUUUACAGUAUAGACAGACAAUGUUUUUGGCAGGAAUUCGAGGAAGGGGCAGUGUUAAGUUUGUGACUGGAGACACCCAGAGGUAGAACACAUAGCAGUGUCCUCGUCUCUUGCCAAGUAUAUUUAACGUCUUAUCCACAGUCUCAGCUACACUAUUUAUUUAAAUCCAUGUUACUCUGUCCAGCUUUGUUAUGCAGCUGUGGGCAGACACACUGUGUGUGUAAAAUAAUUAAAUAUUUCCAGUCUUACAUUUAGAUUAUUCUCAAGCAUCUUUUUAAGUCUACUAAUUUGGUUAAGAAAAAUUCCCUUUUUUAUUUCAGGAAUAACUGAUCUUUAUGUUGCUGCACUCUUGUCUUACUGAAUGCAAAUUGUAUCUGUUGUUAGAUAACUGUUCAGUGUUGACAUUGUUACAGAAGGUAAAUAAAUCACAUGUUGAAUCUAUUAGUUCUGAGGUUGUACCCAAUUUAAGUGACUGAUAACUCAUAAAUGUAUUAAUUGACAUUAUUAUGCAAACUCAUUACUUAAACAAAAGCCUAUAUGGUGAUCAUAGGGUUUAAAUCACAGUUCUCACAACUCAAAACUAUAACCUUAACGACUUGUUAAACUACAAGGUCUCGUCUUUGUGUUGUGGGCGCAGCUCUAAUCCAAAAAGCUGCUUACUGUUACACAACCGUAUGUGUGUAUAUUAAUGUAACUUAUUUGUUAUCUUGGUUGGCAAUAAAUGUUUCCCUUCAA